AUGCAAGUUUUAUUAAGACUAUACGAAUACACAACAAGAAUCAAGACUGAAUUAAGUGCUAUUGUUCUCACACAAGAUGAUCGUGGGGUAACAAUACCAAAGAAACAAACAACCUACUGGUGUUCUCUUAUCAAGGCUCCAGAAAUCAACACAAAACAUCACAUAACAAAGUUCGAGCCAUAUGUGCAAGAGGGAAAUGAAGGCUUGGUUCAUCACUUACUCAUCUACGAAUGCCAUGGAAAAUUUAACCAGAGUCUUUACGGUUCUGGUUUUGAUUGCCACAACACUGCCAACAUGCCUUUGACACAGUGUUAUCAUUCCAGUGUUGUGGCUGCGUGGGCAGUUGGCGGUGAGGCAUUUUAUUACCCGCCAAAAGCUGGUUAUCCAAUUGGAACUGCGGAUUCUCCGAGCAGCUACAUGCUCGAGCUGCACUAUGACAACCCGGAUGGCGUUGAAGGACACAACGAUAGCUCUGGUGUGCGUUUUUACUACACUUCAAAUCUCCGAGAGUACGAUGCUGGUAUAUUUGCUGUUGGAGAAAGUGUCAGUCCAUUCAUGAUUAUCCCGCCAAAACAAGAAUCAUGGAUGACUGUCGGUUAUUGCUCCAAAGAAUGCUACAAGCAAAACUUAAAUUCCACAAAACUGCCAGAAAAAGGCAUAAAAGUUUUCGCCGCAUUACUUCACACCCACCUGCAAGGUCGAGCAACAUGGACCAAACAUGUCCGUGACGGAGUUGAAUUACCAGAAAUUGCGCGAGAUGACAAUUACGACUUUAAUUUCCAGGUGAUUAUUGCAGUGUUGUACGGGUCCGUAAAUGAUCCCAGGACCGCAAAUGAUCCCCAAAUUGAACCGCAAAUGAUCCUGGGGCCUGUUUCUCGAAAGCUCCCGUAAAUACCGGGCCCGAAAUAGCGUUUCUCGAAGCACCCGUAAAU